AUGGAUAAGGCGUUGAGGGUGUGGGACCUUGAGAGCAUGACGCAGAAGGCUUGUCUUGAGGGUGAUGGUGGUCCGAUCAACAGCGUGGCGAUCAGCAAGGACGGCAAGACGGCUGUCAGUGGGGGCAUGGAUAAAACGUUGAGUGUGUGGGACCUUGGGAGCAUGACGCAGAAGGCUUGCCUGGAAGGUAAUAUCGGCUGGGCAUGGAGCGUGGCGAUCAGCGGGGACGGCAAGACGGCUGUCAGCAGUUGCAUGGACUCCUUGCAGGUAUGGGACCUUGAGAGC